AUGGGUUCCCAAAAGAGACUGAAAAUUGCAUUUAUUCAUCCGGAUUUAGGAAUCGGAGGAGCCGAAAGACUAGUCCUGGACGUCGCCGGAGCCUUGAAAAAGCAAAACCACGACAUACUUUUCAUUACAAAUCAUUACGACAAAAACCAUGCAUUUGAAGAACUGAAAAACGAAGAAUUUCCAGUGGUGGUUUACGGUGACUGGAUACCAAGAACAAUAUUUGGCAGAUGCCAAGCGUUGCUUGCCUAUAUCCGUAUAGUUUAUCUAACUAUAGUCUACAUCCUCUUUGGACAAAGUGAAUUUAUGCCAGAUUUAUAUUUUGUCGAUUUAAUUCCUACUGCUAUACCUUUUUUAAAAUUAGCCAACAAAAAAGUGAUUUACUAUUGCCAUCAUCCAGAUUUACUGGCUUCGCCACCAGGAGGUAAACUGAAGAAAAUUUAUCGUAAGCCAAUUGAUUGGGUCGAAUUAAAAGCCACAGCAUUGGCUGAUAUUAUUCUAGUCAACAGCAACUAUACCGCAUCUAUUUUCAGAAGAACAUUUCCAGAAAUUCAAAAACCUAUUCAAAUUUUAUAUCCCACCAUUGCCUGGUCUUUCAAAGAAAGUGUUCAGAAAUUGAAAACAAUAAAACCUAUAGGUGAAGUAGUGGAUAUUGGAUCAGAAAAGAAUAAUUUAACAGUGUUUUUAUCAAUCAACCGUUUUCAUCCAGCUAAAAGAUUGGAUUUUGCUGUAAAUGCUAUGGAUAAAUUAAAAUCAAUAUCAACCAAAGAGGAAUGGGAUAGGAUUUUUUGUAUUAUUGCUGGUGGAUAUGAUCCUAUCAAUAAAACGAAUGCGGAUACAUUUGAAGAACUCUCAAAACUUGUGCAAGAGAAAAAUCUUGAAAAUAAAAUGAUAUUUUUAAAAUCGCCCUCAGACAGUUUGAAAGUGGAUUUGUUAACAUCUUGCACUGCAUUACUGUAUACUCCUCUUAAAGAACAUUUCGGUAUAGUGCCCUUAGAAGCAAUGUUAGUAUCAAAACCUGUAAUUGCAAUGAACAGUGGUGGACCAAGGGAAACUGUAGAUCAUGGUGUAACUGGAUACUUGUGUGAACCAACUGCCGAUAGUUUGGCCCAGUUCAUGUACAGAAUCGUCACUGAAGAUUCAAAAAAUAUGGGUGUUGAAGGAAAGAAAAAAUUAGACCAGAACUUUUCUCAUGAAAGUUUUGGAAGAAGUCUUAAAAUGGUUUUGAAGGAAAUUGUUGAUACACAUAAAAAGAAUAAAUAA